GCCAUCUGCCAACCACUGUACUAUGAGAGAGUGAUGAACAGGAGAGCUUGUGUCCAAAUGGCAGCCAGUGCCUGGAUUACUGGUAUUGUCUACUGUGCCCUGCACACUGGGAACACCUUCAGUUUACCCUUCUGCCAGUCCAAUGUCAUCAGCCAGUUCUUCUGUGAAAUCCCCCAGCUACUCAAGAUCACCUGCUCUGACUCGUACCUCAGUGAAGUUGCGCUUCUUGCCUUUAGGUUUUUUUUAGGUUUAAACUGCUUUGUUUUUAUAAUUGUGUCUUAUGUUCAGAUCUUCAAAACCGUGCUGAGAAUCCCCUCUGAGCAGGGCCGGAAUAAAGCCUUCUCCACCUGCCUUCCUCACCUCACUGUGAUCUCCUUGUUACUUUGCACUGCCAUGUUUGACUAUCUGAAUUUCACCUCCAGCUCAGCAUCUAAUCUAGAUCUCUUGGUGGGUGUUCUCUAUGCUGUCAUGCCUCCAAUGAUCUAUAGCAUGAGAAAUAAGGAGAUCAAAGCUGCAUUGAAGAAACUGAUUGUGUGGAGGUUAUUCACCAAGAAUUAA